UAUGUAAUCCAUUUGAAUAAAAGCCAAGGUCCAAAGAGCCCAGUGCUACGCCACUCGCAGUCUCUACGCUGAAGAAGAAGAAGAAGAGGAGCAGCGUAAAAUGUGUCUAUUGCCACUCCGGAAGUGGAGAACCAUUAUUACCUCCGUCUUACCUCCAUUAUCGUCAGCUCAAAGCUUCCGAUCAGACGCGGCUUUGGAGGCUCUGGCGAAAGCUUCCAUAGACAAAGUCCCAAAUUUGGUUCUGUACAACUACCCAUCCUUCUCAGGAGCAUUCUCGUCUCUUUUCGCUCACCUCUUUCAUUCCCGUCUCCACCUUCCUUGCCUCGUUUUGCCUCUCUCUUCCGUCGAGCCCUUCAGGGUUGAGGAUUUAUGUAUCCAAGGACUUGAGACUUGCUAUCUUCUUGAUUUUAUUGGCCCAAAAGGAUUUGCGCAGGAGCUUUUGCGGCGAUCUUCAUGCAAGAUAAUAGGAUUUGAUCAUCGAAAAUCUGUGCUUCAACAUAUAACCUCCGGGGAAGAAUUUCCUGAGAACCUUAGAUUUCAUGUGAAUGUUGAGAAGAGCAGCUCCACUGCUGUGUACGAAUACUUCUCUGCUAAACUUAACGAUACAAACUGUUCUAAUGGGAUGGCUACUAAUCUGUUAGAGACAAAGGAUAGAGAACGUGUGGAAGUGGUACUCAAGUAUAUUGAGGAUGGAGAUCUUCGCCGUUGGAGCUUACCAGAUAUUAGGGCAUUUAAUACUGGACUUGGUGAAUGGCGCUCGAAGUUGAAUUGCAUUACCAAUCCAUAUAUGUAUGAACAGUUACUGGAAAUAAGUGCUGUGGGUUUAAUUGCUAAGGGAAAUUCUUAUAUUUCUAGUCGUCAAAAAGCUGCAGAAAAGUUGCUGAAUAAGGUUUUCAAAGUCAGGUUGGGCAGGGGAUUUUAUGGGGAGUGUCUGGGAGUCAGAGCAGAUGGGAAUUCUGAUUUAAGUAAUGAAAUUGGCAAGCAACUUAGCAUAAAAAGUGCUGCAGCUGGUCUAAGACCUAUUGGAGCUGUUAUAUUCAUGCAACGGAAUAAUCUCAAAAUGUGCUUGAGGAGCACUGAUGAUGCUACUGAUACCUCUGAAGUUGCAAAGGCAUACGGUGGAGGAGGCUCUUCAUGUUCUAGCUCCUUUAUAAUAAGGAUGGAUGAAUAUAACCAGUGGCUUUCUUUACAUUCAUCAUGAGCAUAUCAAGAUCAUUAUCCUCCCCUCUCAGCCUGUUGUAGGGUAUGCAAUGAGUACUAGUUCUACUGCUUUAUUGAUGGUGUUAAAUAAGAAUGUACCUGAACUAGGAACAUUGAUCUUGGUGGGAUCUUCAUGUAAUGUCCUAGCUU